UCAUGUCCAAGCUACGUAAACUGACUUUUCCUGGGAAUUGUCGUCUCUGUAUUAUACUGUGAGUGCUGGGUCUUCAGCCUCAGGUGUAAUCCACCUCUCAUUGCACCUCAUACUUAUGGAUUUAGAAACGAAAAUGAGAGUUCUUUUCCCGUGCUUCCUAAUCGGUGGAAGCGCACAUUGAUUUUCGCACGCUUCAGUUGGAUUAAGGACUCGGCGGGGAAAACAUGUGUAUGAAGUAACUCACCAUAAAUUUGACAACUGAUGAUGGACAACCAAAGAAAAAUAAUGCCACUGUGAUACGAACGAAGUUUCAUUGGGAAAUCUCAAGAAUGAAGUCUGAAGAAACUUACACUGGCAGAGUGGUGCUUUUAGAGCACACUUUUCGGGUUUGGUGCAAGGGGAAAGUAGGGGAAUAUGUGGUCUCGCUUUCCCAUCUGGGCCUGACCCUCCAGACCCGAUCCCUGCGAACCUCCUGCUGUCAUUUGUGCUCAGAUUGGAAAUGUAUCCAAGUGUUUGGACGUGAUAUUUUAGCUUGUCGACCCGCCCUCGGGGUCCAGGGGACGGAAAGACCCAAUCUGGGACCGCCUCUAUUCCAACUCAUUACAUAUCCUUUAGUGGGAAAAGCACCCUCAAAAGUGGUCUUCUAUUUCCACUUGCGGCCAAAAGAGACCAAGACCGCUGAAGGCACUGACGAUGAAGAUGAGGAUGCCCAGUCCGUUUUGUACCAUUUUGACCACAAACAGGUUCAUUUGUUAAAACAGAAUUGGGUCAAAACCAUCUUAGAGCUGUUUUUUCCUGGAGGAUCCCCUCUGACCUCCUCUGGUCCGUUUUCCAAAUCGAGACUGGUGAACGUCACUCAAUCCAAAACCUACUUGAGUCAAAAGAUCCUCGUGGCGUUGAAUCCAUUGGCGGGAAAGGGAAAUGCUUUAAAAGUGUUCAGAGACAUUCUGGUCCCGAUCUUCAAGGAUGCUGCCACCGAGUACGAGGUGCUGGUGACUGAAUACCCAGGACAUGCCUACAGUGUGGUCAAGAACGAGAAUCUAGCUCGUUGGAAGGGUGUGGUGUGUGUCUCGGGGGAUGGCCUCAUCCACGAGGUUUUGAAUGGAUUGUUUGAUCGAGUCGAUUGGCAGGAUGCAUUGUCCCAUCUCUCCGUGAGCUCAAUUCCAAUCGGAACCAUUUCAGCUUUUGGAAGGGCCAUGAUUCACCUUCAAAAAGAGCCUUUCCAUCACGAUGGCAUCUUGUCAAAUGCCCUCAACGUCGGUAGGGCUAUCACUCACCCCAUGGACCUGAUAUUUGUCCAAACCAAAGAUCGAUCCCAAGUGGGAGUUUGCAACUUUGGUUGGGGACUUCUAAACGAACUCAAGGGAACCAAGACCAACAAGCUGAAACUCCUCAAGAACUACCGAUUAGGAUUGACCAACCUAUUCCGGGUCUCAUCGAUCACGGUUCAAAGUGCAGUUAUUUCCUACCUACCGGUUCAAGGUGGCAAUUCGAGUACGAAGCAAUUAUCUGAAAACCUCUCCUCAAAGGCCUCGUCCCAAAUUCAUAGCCUACAGUCCACAUUAUCGAAUCGAACGACAUGUUCCUCCUGUUCCAUUGGGCUUUUAAAAGAUGCACCAAACUUAUCGAAAACCUUCAACAGUUCAAGGAAUACCUCGGAAUCCACCGACAUUAGAGAUUCAAGCAUGGACCCCUUGAUCACCUCCACCAAAGCCAAAAAAGCCACGUCCAAAACCAAACCCAGAUCCCCAGCCAUUGCUAGUCCCCCUCCAGCCUCCCGUUACACCUACACAUCUCUCUUGGCUGAAGGACAGCUCUAUUUUAGAAGCUGGCAGGAACUCGAUGUCCGACUCCAACAUCAUGGCCCGUUUCCUUUGCUCAACAACCAUACGGUCAUGAUGGCCAGUAGUGUUGUCACGGCUUCACCCCCUAGCUCAAUGAGCCAAGGCACCCUCCGCAAUCAGAAACGACCGAAACCCUAUUUUCCUGCCAUGCCAGAAAUGCCCAAACCGCUUCAUCAGGAUUUAGGCUGGGUCACUGAAGUGGGCGAUUUUGUGGCGGUUCACGUGUUCAACAUGCCUUGUUUGGACCAGGAUCGAACAGUUGUGCCAGAUGGAUCCAUCAACGACGGACGACUUCGACUUCUGCUCAUUCGAGGGGGUAUCAAGCGAGCAGAUUUAUACAAGUUCUUGAAUGCCAUCGAGUCUGACGCCACAUUCAUGUCCGAGAGUAUGCCUCCGCUCCCUGAUGGAGUUGAAAUCAUUUCUAUCAAAGGCAUUCGUAUUACUCCCAUCACGAUGGAGACCGCAUUUCAAGUCGACGACCAAAUCGUGACUGGCUCAGUGGAGUGCAUCCAAGCUUUUGUUAUGCCCGGUGUUGCCCGAACAAUGGUCAAAUAAAUCGAACACUUUC